UCCCCGCCUCAAGAUUGCGACUAUCCCACCUGGGCGCUCCCACGACGCGGCUGCACUGGAGGAGGGGGACUUAGCUGAGCCCGAAGCGAGGGUCUGGGGCCCUAUUUUCUUGCAAGGAGCGUUGAAGGAGAGCCAAGCUAUUAGAGGGUCUGCAAGGAAACCUGGUUUGUGUAAGGCCAUGAUGACAACAUCAAGCCUCUGCAGCAUCUGGAUUGAGACCCGAGCUCCCAGGAUGCCUUUUUAUCUUCUCCUUCUCCUUCUCCAGCUCCCAGUGUGGGGCAGAGGAAAUCCAGAUGACACAAGUGACGUGGAAUAUGAAAUUGAAAGAAUAGAAACAAAACUGACAAGAUUAGAAAAGCCUUCGCGUGGUAGGAUUGUCAUACAUGAGGACCCCUUUUUGGAUCUCCAACAUCUGGAGUCAAUUUUGGCAAAGACACAGUUCCAAGGACUUCAUAAGAGGUUUGGUAGAUCAAAGAUACUUGCCAAUGUGCACAAGAUUGUACCCCAGGCAUCCGAUAACCUGUCCAUUGAGGAAAUUGUGCAGGAUGUUGAAAUCAAGCAGUUCCAAGUGACUCUGUCAAAAACAGUCUUGACAAAAGCCAAAAAUGCAACAGUCAACCAGGAGGGGCGAGUUGUGAUGUUGGCAGCGACAAGCCCGGUGCUCUUCAAGGAUAAUGAUUCCAAGCCAAUCCUUGGGGGAAAAGUGAUUGGCAUCUCAGUGUGGAAUACAUCCGUCCAUGGGUUGCUCCAGAAAGAGCGAAUAUCUAUAACUUUUUGGCACAACCAGAUGAAUUUUACUCCCUUGUGUGUCUUCUGGGUUAUGGGCGCCAAGCCUGGUGCCAUCGGCAAGUGGAAUACAUCAGGCUGUGAUGUGGUGCGUGGAGUACACCAAACAACCUGCCUUUGUGAUCAUCUCACCUUCUUUGCGGUGCUCAUGCUCCCCUCCUCAGAUAUAGACAAGAUCCACGAGGAGUACCUGAGCAUUGUCAGUUAUGUUGGUUGCAUCAUUUCAGCUUUGGCUUCAUUCAUCACCAUUGUCUUCCUUUUCUUGAGGAAGAAGCAGAGAGACCACAUUGUCUAUGUCCACAUGAGCCUCCUCUGGGCCAUCUUUCUUCUCGACAUGGGCUUCCUCAUUGCGAUGUACCUGGCUUUUAAGGGAGGAGACAUAGCUUGCAAAGCUAGUGGGAUGUUCCUGCACUUUGCCAUGCUUGCGUGCUUCACUUGGAUGGCCAUUGAGGGCUACAAUCUCUACCGGCUGAUUGUUCAAGUCUUCAACUCCUACAUGAAAUGCUUACUUGUCAAGCUCUCCUUAAUAGGUUGGGGUCUUCCUACCCUCAUCGUAUGCCUACUUUUUGGGAUCGAUCAAUCCUACUAUGGGCCUUCCUCUUUUAAGGUCUAUGAGGCUCCGAAUAAUUACACCAACACAACCAUCUGUUGGAUUACCAAGAAGGAGAUCAACAGUUUCUUCAAUUUGGGCUAUUUAGGCCUGGUGCUCUUCUUCAACACCAUCAUGCUGGCCGCCAUGGUGUAUGAGAUUCUCAGGCUGAGACACCGAGAGCAUCACUGGGGAUAUGCGGUGAUGCUGCUGGGCCUGAGCUGCGUCCUGGGCAUCCCUUGGGGGCUGAUCUUCAUUGCGUUUGCUUCCGGGACCUUUGAGUUGGUGGCCCUCUAUCUUUUCACCAUCAUCAACUCUCUCCAAGGCUUCUUCAUCUUCCUUUGGUACUUGGCCAAAGUGCUGCAGUCUCGCAGGUCGAAAUCCCUGCAGUGCUCGACUUCCAACAGCUUGAAGCUCCAGUCCAGCAAUUCCAGCACUUGACCUUGUCUUGGCCAGGAGGACUUUGGAAGUGAAAUGUUCAUGGGAGGAUCUUCCUGGAAACUGAGCCAAACAAUUCUUUGGUGGACUAGGGUGACUUCAUACUUCUCAGUAGCUUCGAGAUGACACCGAUCUGUUUUCCUUAAAUAGAGGAAAUCUUGACUUACAAUAGUUGGUUUAGUGACUUUCAAACGUACAACUAAAAAAAGUUACUUAUGACCGUUUUUUCCACACUUAUAACCAAUGUGACAUCCUCAUGGACAUGUGAUCAAAUUUCAGACACGUGGUGUCAGGCUUAAUGUCCGGUGUGCCUCCUUCAGUAGCCAAGAAAGAAAACUCCCAACUCCAUUGUUCGUGGAAUUAAAAAGUACUUUUACUGGUUAUGAAAAGAGAGCA